AAGAGCCUCUCCGAGAAAGCCCUAGCAGCCGCUGCUACUCCCCUCUCGUUUCCUCUCUCGGCGCCGCGCUCUCUUCCGACCGAUUCCGCGCGAGAGAGGCGUGGUCCAAGAUGAAGUUUAAUAUCGCAAAUCCCACCACUGGAUGCCAGAAGAAGCUUGAGAUUGAUGACGACCAAAAACUUCGGGCCUUUUUCGACAAGAGAAUUUCUCAGGAAGUUAGUGGAGAUGCUCUCGGAGAGGAAUUCAAGGGCUAUGUUUUUAAAAUCAUGGGAGGAUGUGACAAACAAGGGUUUCCCAUGAAGCAGGGAGUUCUAACUCCUGGCCGUGUCCGCCUGUUGCUGCAUAGAGGUACCCCAUGUUUCCGUGGAUAUGGCAGGCGUAAUGGAGAGCGCAGGAGGAAAUCUGUUCGUGGCUGUAUUGUUAGUCCUGAUCUCUCAGUUUUGAACUUGGUGAUUGUUAAGAAAGGUGAAAAUGAUCUUCCUGGAUUGACUGAUAUCGAGAAGCCAAGAAUGAGAGGACCAAAGAGGGCCUCAAAGAUCCGGAAAUUAUUCAACCUUUCCAAGGAGGAUGAUGUACGCAAGUAUGUCAACACAUACCGUCGAACCUUUACCACGAAAUCAGGAAAGAAAUGCAGCAAGGCACCUAAGAUUCAGAGGCUGGUAACUCCAUUGACCCUGCAAAGGAAACGAGCCAGAAUUGCAGAGAAGAAGAGGAGAAUUGCCAAGGCCAAGGCUGAAGCUGCUGAAUACCAGAAGCUGCUUGCCACCAGGCUCAAGGAGCAGCGUGAGCGCAGGAGUGAAAGUUUGGCAAAGAGGAGAUCUAAGCUCUCUGCUGCCUCUAAGCCAUCUGUUGCUGCCUAAAAGGCAUGUUUGAUUGAAGGAAAGCAAUAUGUGGACAGUGUGUUUCCACAUGUUUGAGAUGAAUUUUGGCGUAUUGCCUCUUAUCUUAUGUUUUUGGAUUUUGCAUUGGAUUGAAAUGUGUUCUUGAUAUUGAGUUCUGGACUCUCAACUAUUUUAGGUACAUUGUGUUAUUUCUUUGAUGCCAUUUUUGCAAUAAUCAUCUGAAGUCUUAAAAUCAGAGGAGAUAGUUGAUGGUUA